CUGACAUUUGGUGUUGAGGUUAUGUUAUUCAAUUCAAUAAUUUCUUUAAUUUUUAUUAAAAACGAAUAUGAUCUAUGAAUUCUGAUUUAACGCGCCUAUAAACUUAUUCGUCGUUGAAACUUAAAAUGACUUCUAUAUUGUUAAAUGCAUUUAAAAACCUACAUAUUACAAUUAAGCCUCAAAUAAGAACGUUUGCUACAGCAAAUGCUUCCAUUAUAACAUCUAAGGAUAAUUCAUUGACGGUGAGCAAAAAAGAGUGGAAGGUUUCCCCUCAGUACACUAAACCUCGUGAAGUAUGGAUUGAAAACUUGGAUACAAUCGAGGAACAGAAAUUGGGAUUGUUCGAAUUACACCCGUCGGUAUAUGCAACCAUGCCUAGAAUAGAUAUAAUUCAACGUAAUGUAGUGUGGCAGAGGAAGUACCGGUGGGUGUCGUGGGCCCAUACGAAGACUAGAGCAGAGGUGCGUGGUGGAGGGAGAAAACCGUGGCCUCAGAAAGGUCUAGGCAGAGCCAGACACGGUUCAAUUCGCUCACCUCUGUGGCGUGGAGGUGGUGUAGUCCAUGGUCCCCGCUCAGGCACAACCCACUUCUAUAUGUUGCCUUUCCAUCUCAGACUACAUGGUCUGACAUCUACACUAUCUGCUAAAUUUGCUCAAGAUGACUUACACAUAGUCAAAGAUCUGGAACUGCCCACAGAUGAACCAGAAUAUUUUGCAGAGCUUAUUCAGCAAAGAAAUUGGGGACCAUCUGUCCUCAUUGUUGAUGAUACUGAUUAUGUAUCAAGAAAUAUAACAGUGGCCACCGAUGUCAUGCCACAUGUCAAUAUUAUGCCAGUUUAUGGGUUGAAUGUGUACUCCAUGUUGAAACAUGACACAUUAAUUCUGACUAUGUCUGCGGCGGAAAGAAUUGAAGAUCGGAUUCUCACUCACUUGCAUGGCAUUACCACGGAGAGGCAGUCCCAGUAUAAAUUAGAUCAGGUUUAAAUACUAUAGGUAAAAUGUUAGUAUAGAAAUAAAAAUAUACAAAUA